UCACAGCACCCACAGCACUCUGAGCCUGCUCGCAGCCCAACGGCCUCUCCGAGGAUGCUACAUUUAAAAGUGCAGUUUUUGGAUGAUUCCCAGAAGAUUUUUGUGGUUGAUCAAAAGUCAUCUGGAAAGGCACUGUUUAACCUGAGUUGCAGCCAUCUCAAUCUUGCCGAAAAGGAAUAUUUUGGGUUAGAAUUCUGCAGCCAUUCUGGAAACAAUGUUUGGUUGGAACUUUUGAAACCCCUAACAAAGCAAGUAAAAAAUCCUAAGGAGGUUGUUUUCAAAUUUAUGGUGAAAUUUUUCCCAGUGGACCCUGGACAUCUUCGGGAAGAACUUACAAGGUAUCUUUUUACUCUUCAAAUAAAGAAGGAUUUGGCUCUAGGAAGGCUUCCCUGCAGUGACAACUGUACAGCGUUGAUGGUAUCUCACAUCUUACAAUCAGAACUGGGAGACUUUCAUGAAGAAACAGUCAAGAAACAUCUGGCACAAAGCCGGUACUUACCAAACCAAGACUGUUUAGAGAGCAAGAUCAUGCACUUUCAUCAGAAGCACAUUGGCAAAAAUCCAGCUGAAUCUGAUAUUCUACUACUGGACAUAGCAAGGAAACUGGACAUGUAUGGCAUCAGGCCCCACCCUGCCAGUGAUGGUGAAGGGAUGCAGAUUCACCUGGCUGUUGCACACAUGGGAGUCCUGGUGUUACGGGGAAAUACAAAGAUCAAUACUUUCAACUGGGCUAAAAUCCGCAAGUUGAGUUUUAAGAGAAAACAUUUUCUUAUCAAACUUCAUGCCAAUAUCUUGGCGUUGUGCAAGGACACCUUGGAGUUCACAAUGGCCAGCCGAGAUGCCUGCAAAGCUUUCUGGAAGACUUGUGUGGAGUAUCAUGCCUUCUUCAGGCUUUCUGAAGAGCCCAAAUCAAAGCCCAAAACUCUACUUUGCAGCAAGGGUUCCAGUUUCCGCUAUAGUGGAAGAACCCAAAGGCAGCUUUUGGAAUAUGGGAAUAAACGGCAGUUGAAGAGCUUGCCAUUUGAAAGAAAGCAUUACCCGUCUCAGUAUCAUGAACGACAGUGCAGGUCCUCACCAGACAUCCUCUCUGAUGUGUCAAAACAAGUGGAAGACUUGAGACUAGCAUAUGGUGGUGGGUACUACCGAAAUGUGAAUGGAGUACACGCAUCUGAACCUGUGUUAGACAGUAGGAGGAGGAACUCUGCCGUGGAGGUGACGUUUGCAGCUGAACUGGAGCGUUCCAAACCAGAGGCGGAUCCCACAUCGUUACAUCAGUCGCAAAGCAGUUCAUCUUUCUCUUUUCUUUAUUCAGAUCCUGUCUUUAACACUGACCCUGAUCCUCAGCCUGAUCCCAGAGACUUCUUUGAGCAGAGAAGUCCUCUAAGCUCCUUCCGAACAAGCUCCAAGUUUGCUGACCAUCACAUAAACACAUCUUCUGGCCUCACAAGUGGAGUGAGUCCAGCAAGGCAGCUAACUUACACAGAUGUGCCCUAUAUUCCUUGUACUAGUCAGCAAGUGGAUAUUAUGCCUCCCCAAGUCUUUUUUUAUGUGGACAAGCCACCUCAGGUGCCCAGACGCUCUCCAGUCAUGGCAGAGGAAAGGGCAAGACCAGACAACUACUUAGAGCCCUCUGCAAUAAAGCCACCCAAAAGGAGUCCAAGGAACACCAGAAUAAAAAGCUUUCAGCAAGACCUUCAAGAACUCCAAGAAGCUAUGGCCAGGACUAGUGGUAGGAACAAUAUCAAUUUAGAUCCAGAAGAGGAAGACCCAAAUUUAGAAGACGCUUUUACAUAUAACAUUCAAGAGCAAACCCCCAAACGGUCCCAGAGCCAAUCAGACAUGAAAACUAUCCGUUUUCCUUUUGGGUCCGAAUUUAGACCUUUAGGGCCUCGUCCCGCUCUGAGUCGUAAAGCAGACCUAUUUACAUGUAUGUUUGCAGAGCAGGAGUUCCCAGCAGUUCUCAUGGAUCAGAGCACAGCAGAAAGAUACGUAGCUAGUGAAUCCAGUGAUUCUGAAUCAGAGAUUCUUAAACCAGACUACUACUCUUUGUAUGGCAAAGGAAAAAAGUCACCCAUGGCCAGAAUCCGUUUGUCUUCUGGUAGUCUCCAGCUAGAUGAAGAAGAUGAAGAUGUUUCUUUCAACACACCAAGUGCUGAAGACAGGACUUUACUAAAACCAUGUAAUUACUUCUUAGCUUAAGUAUGAAUUCUGUGAACAUUUCUGAGUCAGUUCUAUGUUAGAAUCUUAGGUAGAAAAUAAGGAACUUUCUUACAAACCAUUUUCUUAGUCACUCUUCAUUGGAAAGAUUCAGCUGCUGCCUCAUUCCCUGAGCUUCACUCUUCUGUUCCCUCAGAACAAACUGGAGCAUGUCCUCUCCUCCCCAAUACUAUGGCAGGGUGUGGGGAGUAUUUAUCAGCUCUGUUAUAUAUUUCUUCAUAGAGUGAUGAAAAAUGCAGGGCAGGCUGUUCAAUAGUGAAUAGUGAGAGUAUGGAUUUACAUAUGGAUUUGGCUUCUAAUGACAUAUUGUGAUUAAGUAGACUGUGGCUAUCUUGGUUAUUUUGUACAUUUUUAAAUAAUACAAAAUAAAGGCUUCAGUCCUCAUUAUUUGUGGGGGACCCAGUAAAAGCAGUCUUGUUAUUUGCUAAGGACUUUGAUUUUACCAUUUUUAUCUAGGGGAGCAUGGCCCUCUACAGCCUCAAAAACAAGGUGAUAGCAUAGAUCCUCUCAAUGGAACGGAUGUUUUUAGAAUAUAAGACUUGGCAGAAUUUAAAGCCCAGGAAAUUAAUGUAUUAGGCCCAAUUUCUACAGCCAGAUAUGGGGCUGAUGAGGAUAUUAUGUCUGAUGUAUAAUUUUUCUAUUCUUAAACAUCUACCAUAUGUAGUGAAGGAAACAAGCUAACAGAUCAGUUUGUUGACUGAAUG